AUGCGUAGCCGUAAGGCGGGGGAGCCGUCCUCGCGCACCGGGACAAGUAUGGCCGGGAACGCCCUGUGUCAUUUGCUACGCGUCGGCCAUGCUGCCGAGCAACGCUACAGCCACCUGGACAAGGAAUGCCUGGGCCUCAUGUUCGAGGUCGAACGCUUCCACCAGUAUCUGUGGGGCCGGAAGUUCGAGGUGGUCACUGACCACAAGCUGCUGUUGGGGCUGCUGGGGUCUGACGAGACAGCUCCCGUGCAGGCAUCUCAUAAAGUGGUGGUGUCUCCUGUCAGCGCCUCAUCGCUGCUCAUGCACAUAACAGAUGUGGCCACGUGGCAGAGACACGCCGACCACGUUAGGCCUCGCUUCGGGACCUCGCCAGCACCUUCGACUACCACUUCAGAGUUCCAGCCUGCAGGAGUACUAGCAGCAACACCUGUCGCUUCAAGCGGCGCACCACCCAACUCAGAGACGGUGCUGAAUACUUCCAGUGAGAGUCCUGAAGGAGCAAGUAUUGUCCUUUUGACCGACGGUGUGGAGAAUGAGCAGCCCUACAUUCAUGAUAUCUGGCCUCAACUAUUAGCGGCAAAAGUCGAAGUUGUGACAAUGACGAUGGGUGACAAAUCGGAAGAGGAACUUGAGAAGCUGGCUACGGAAACGAAAGGGCAAAGUUACUUUUUUCCUGACCGCCUUGAAAACCUGUCGAGAGCCUACAUCGAAGCCAACAGCUCGGCGCAUGAGCUCACACAUCAUCGAUUGAUUAUGUACAUAACGAAAGGCUUCAACGGAACUGUCCAAGAAACAUUUAUUCUUGAUGAAGGCCUGGGAAACAACACGGUUGUUACAAUCAUCCGUCAAUCUGCUGGAAAUUACUCCCUCAUGGCCUGGCUGCUGGACCCCACAGGAAAGAGGUAUCCUGAUAUCUUGGCCAACGAUGGUUGGUACACCGGCUACUUCACGCAGUUCACGGGCAAAGGAAGGUACGCCGUCAAGGCUUAUGUUUACGGGGACAACAAGACCAGCCAUGCGUACCGUAAGCCGGGAUUCCCUCCUGACAUCUCCAUUUCCAAGGCGGGGGUAGCGCUUCCUCUGAUUGGACCAACCCUACAUGCGCCAGGCAACUACACAUUCGUGGAUACCCUCCUAGGAAAAAAGACGCCGACGGUCCCAUUCGAAAGAGUCGCCUACUGCGGCUACCUUAACGUCAGAGCGGACAUGCGGCAGACUGAUGUUCCUCCUGGUUUAAUGAGAGACCUGAAUAAUUUCGACGGUUACGUCGAGAGCGACAGAACAGCCGUCGUCAUACUUACUUGGACAUGGCCUGGCGCACACAUGACACACGGAAAGGCGGCGAAAGUUGAGAUAAGAGGCAGCAAUAACAAAACCAACCUUGAAAAGGACUUCGACAGCCAGCAGCUUAUGUCCAAUGUCGUGAAAGGCAACCUUGACCCCCUCCCCGCUGGUUCAAAGCACAACGUAUCAAUCGCACUUCCUCGCGAGUGGGAAACGACGACACCAGGCAACAGGGACUUCACGCUGCACGGGUACGUAGCGGCGCGUGUUAUCAACGCAGAUGGACUCAAGGGGAAGCUGUCCAGGAGCCUUGAAUUGUCGUUCCGAGUCGUAAACUUUACCGCCGAAUCACUCACGACAGGAGCGCCCAUCACCACGCGGGCAAUGCGGCAGACUAAGCCUGGGCCAGCAAGAACCACGAGAGUGCCGGAAAAGCCUUACACCAAGACAAUCCAAGCAACGACCUCAACACCCCCGACCAAAGGCGAACCAGCUCGUGAUCCGUCGGAAACAACCACACCAGAGGCGGGGCAUGGGAGAAAGAAUGGCCAUCCAUCCAUCAUAAUUUGGAUUCUGCUGGCGCUAGUUGCCGGAGUCGUCGUGGCAGCCAUCACAAUUAUACUGCUGCUCAGGGCGCAGUGCAGCGCCAUUGCCGAAAAUCAGGCUACCACCACGAGCACGGCAACAAUGACAACGAUGUGAAUCCAC